CUGUUUGGAGUAGUACAGUGCCAUCUAGUGACCGCUCACACCAGGCUGGGGAGAAGCGGCCAAGGGAAAAUGCUGGCGGGAGCAGAUCGCGGGUUGCAAGGUCAGGUGGCUCACAGCUGCGAGAAAAGUGCUUUGUGGAACGUCGACUCGACCAUAUAUUGUCCCCCCCCCCAAUAUCUUUUCGAAAAAACAGCAGUCCUGAAGUCUCUUCUGGCCAUGGAAAAUUUUCGAAAAUUAAGAGGCAGCUGAGUGAAGAUGGGAGACAGCUCAGAAGAGGAAGCCUUGGAGGAGCCCUGACUGGCAAGUAUCUACUUCCCAGUGCAAAUGGACAGCAGGUGUGCCAAAGCGAAGAGACCUCUAAUCUUGUUCGCAUGCGCUACCAGGCACUUGGGCAGUCAGCACCUUCACUUACUGCUAGUUUG